UUGCCAUGGCACCAAGAGGGGGGGCGGGGCUUCCCGUGCCACGUGACCAGUUCCCACCGCCCCCCCGCCGCCGCCGUCAUGGCCGCCAGGCUCGUCCCCGUGCUCAAGUUUGUCAUCAAAGGAGGCCUGGCUGGGGGUGCUGUGUAUGUGGCGUACGACCAGGGGCUGCUGGGCAGCGGCACACAAGGUGCUGAAGCCUUCAGGAAAGCUCAAGCAGCGCUGCCUCCAGCCAUCCAGGAGUGGAUAAGUUACACAGGCUGGGAGCUCCCACCUAUUCCAAAACUUGAGUUUUCCCCUUCCGAUUCCUGGAAUAAAGGAGUACGGAUGGUGAUGUCUGCCUUGUCCGUGGCUCCCACCAGGGCCUGUGAAUACACUGCAGAAGGCUGGAAGUACGUGAAGGACCUUGUCAAAUAGCGUCCCCAUUCUCCAGGGUUGUGAUUCUCUCCGUCCCAUGUUGGCUGUGGGAUGAGGCCGAGUCCAGCCCUCGGCAGGGCUGCAAUAAAAGACUUUGGAAUUUC